AAUUCUUUGAAAAGUUAGUCAGUGAGAUUAAUCAUUCUCUCUGUCAAUACUAAUUCUUGGAUUCCAAUUUUAAUCCCUUUCCUCUGUAUUUUUUCUGUAAAAUAAUAGUUCAAUUACAGUCUCCAUUUUCAUCACAUUCUUUUCAUUCAGCUUUCUGAACUCAUUUCAUUUCCAUUAUUUUUUAACAUUUGGGUACUUGUAAACCCUUUUAAGAACCCCAAAAGUUCUUAUUCAAUAAGGGCUUGAAUGUGUAUAUGAUCAACUUGUUCAAAUCAGAGGCUUUUUGAUUAAAACCCAUGCUUUUGAUUAUCAAAUAAAUGUAAAGUUUGUAACCUUUUAUUGAAUUGGAUUCUUUUUGUCUAAGACGAGGAAUAAUGUACCAUUGUCUGAAUCCUUAUGAUGUCCUGUCACCGAAGAAAGUUCCUCUUUAUCCCCUUUCCUUAAUGUUGUAAUUUAGGGAUUAUUUAUGGAGAGCGGUGAAGGUGGGGAUGAUCAGGGCUCUGGAUGGUUACAAGUUAAAAAGAAGCAUAGAAGUAAUUCAAAGUUCUCGAUACAUGGUGGGGUUCCAGUCCAAUCUAUGAAAACCAGUUUUCAUAAUCAACAAAGCAAACCUUCAUUGUCGGCAAAAUUUGACAAUCGUAGCUAUGUUUGCCAGCCUUCAAAACCAGCAAACCAAAAUAAUUUUGUGCUAAACCCAGGUAACAAUUUGGCUGUAACAUACAUGCUAUAGGUGAAUGUAAGAUACUAUCUGAGCUUCAUUAAUGGGAUUCAGUUGCGAUAUUGAGUGUCUGCAUCACUCCUAUGUUUAGGUUCAAGCAUCCAUGAUGCUUCUCUUGAAGUUGGAGUUACCCAGAAACAAUGUCAAGGAGCUGAUUUUUGUGAGUCUCCCACAGAAACUGCUGUUGUACUCCCAAAAAUUAAGUGGGGCGAUUUAGAUGAUAGCACCUUGCUCUUGCAUCCGAGAAAAACUGUUGGAGCUGAAAUUGAGUUUGCUACGACCGGAAGUUCUGCACUAGAUUGUACAAAAUCUGAUAGUGCUGGUGAUUCCCUUUCAUGUUUUUCCUUUACGCCCCAAAAGGACAAUAAAUAUCGGACAAUAACUUCUGAGGAAAGCCCUAUUGUUUUAGAAUCAACUUCAGUUUUCCCGGAGACAAUAUCUCUGGAUGUUAACUGUAGGGAGGUUAAUGAACUAUCCCCAGUAGACAUGAAUGCUCUCAGCCCGUGCAGCAAUGUUGAUAUACCAAACUGUAGGAUGCCUGAUUCUGGGGGAAAUUGUGGAAAUAAGCAGGCCAAAGAUGUUGGAACGGUUAGUCGAUCUUUGGAACCCCUUCCAUCUGUUGCAAGUAACUUGCUUAUGACACCCGGUGUUGGAUGUAAGUCUUGCAGUUCUGGGAUCUCUAAAAUAAAUGUUGUUGAUGGGAGUUCAAUGAUGUCGGUGCUGUCAGUUGAUGCUGCAUCGUCUAUGGAGCUUGGAGUCGGAACAAAAUGUUCUGGAUCAAAGGAACUACGUACUCAUUCUGAAGAGGGUUUGAUGUUUACUCCACCAGCCGUUAUGCUUGAAACAGAUGGUUCUAAAUUUUCGGAAGCAUCCCUUGUUGGUAAUCAUUUGGAGAUGGUGCCUUCUAAAAAUCUACAGCUAGAUCCACCUGAUAAGACUCGUCCUGGCUCUAUCGAGGCAAAUAGUGCAGUGCUCGAUGAUUUGGAGAUCGCCCAGGUUAUGGAUCCUAUUGAUGUAACCGGGGAUGAAAGCAAAGAAAGGUUUAGGGAACGCCUUUGGUGUUUUCUUUUUGAGAAUCUUAAUAGGGCUGUAGAUGAACUGUAUCUUCUUUGUGAAUUAGAAUGUGAUACAGAUCAGAUGAAAGAGGGUAUUCUUGUUCUUGAAGAAGCUGCAUCUGAUUUUAGAGAAUUAACUUCAAGGGUGGAGGAAUUCGAGAGAGUGAAAAAAUCCUCAUCUCAUGUACAUGAUGAUACACCAUUAACCAUAAAGUCGGAUCAUCGCCGGCCGCAUGCACUGUCAUGGGAGGUACGUCGAAUGACAACUUCCCCAAGGAGGGCCGAGAUACUUUCUUCAUCUCUUGAGGCAUUUAGGAAGAUUCAGCAAGAAAGAGCCAGCACACGUGCUACUAGUGGGCCUGGUGGCCAUUACAGAAGCAGUGAUACUGUGGAGGAGGGGGGUAGCAAAUCUGAAGCCAAGGAGAGAGAAUCAGUUUCAACUCCAAAAAAGCAGAAUGGAUUGAUAGAUCUUCCUCAGGGGAACUUAAGUAAAGAAAAGAAAAACACAGAUACAAACAGAUACAGUUCUAAAGCUUCCAGGUUGCCUCCUAAAGAAGAUUCUUCUCUCGGAGUUGCUGGAAGGAAUAAGAGGGACGUGAUUGGGCCUGCUUGUGAAAAUAAUAAACCACUUCCUAGGAAAGAUAGAACACUGAUUGAUAGUACAAAUGAAAAACAUUCAAAAUCAGUCGAUCAGUUGAGAAGGCUAACCCCUGCUUCUGAUAGGGAGAAGGAAAAGAGAAAUGGAAGUUUAUGGAACUCCAUGGAUGCAUGGAAAGAAAAGAGGAACUGGGAAGACAUACUUGGAACUCCACAUCGUGUUUCCUCCCGUUUCUCACAUUCUCCGGGUCUUAGCAGGAAGAGUGCUGAUAGGGCACGUGUUCUGCAUGAUAAACUUAUGUCUCCUGAUAAAAGGAAAAAAUCUCCCUCAGAUCUGAAAAAGGAAGCAGAAGAGAAGCAUGCACGGGCAACAAGGAUAAGAAAUGAACUUGAGAGCGAGAGAAUUCAAAGGCUUCAACGGACAUCAGAAAAACUUAAUCGCGUGAAUGAGUUUCAGGCUGAACGGAGCAUGAAGUUACGAGAGGAGAUGCAUUCUCGCCAACAACGUGGAGAAUCUAGGCAUGAAGCUUAUCUUGCUCAAGUUGUGAGAAGAGCCACCGACGAAAGCAGCAAAGUUAAUGAGGUUCGCUUCAUUACUUCAUUAAACGAAGAAAACAAAAAGUUAAUAUUUCGCCAAAAACAUCAUGAUUCCGAGUUGAGAAGGGCUGAGAAACGUCAGCAAAUGAAAACUAAACAGAAAGAGGAUUUGGCAAGUAAAGAAGCUGUCUUAGAGCGCAAGAAGCUUCUUGAUGCAGAAAAGUUACAACGGAUUGCUGAAACUCAACGUAAGAAGGAAGAGGCACAGGUAAGAAGGGAAGAAGAGCGGAAGGCAUCCAGUGCAGCACGUGAAGCAAAGGCCAUGGAACAAAUGCGCAGAAAAGAGGUUAGGGCCAAAGCUCAACAGGAGGAAGCUGAACUUCUGGCACAGAAGUUGGCCGAAAGACUUAGCGAAAGUGAACAACGUCGGAAAGUUUAUUUGGAGCAAAUCCGGGAAAAAGCCUCCAUGGAUUUCAGGGAUCAAACCUCUCCAUUCUUGCGACGAUCUUUAAACAAGGAGAAUCAGGGUAAAAGUGCACCAAAUAAUAGCAGUGACGAAUGUCCAGAAAAUGAAACCCGUAGUUCAGGACCAUGUACCCUUCCUACUGGGAAUAUGACACCACAACAGUCACUGAAACGAAAGAUCAAGAAAAUUCGUCAGAAACUUAUGUCUCUGAAACAUGAAUUCUCUGAGCCUUCAGGCGGGGUUGAAGUUACUGGUAUUGGGUACAGAAGUGCAAUAGGAACUGCAAGGAUGAAAAUUGGAAGAUGGAUUCAAGAACUUCAAAAGUUACGCCAAGCAAGAAAGGAAGGAACUGGGAGUUUCGGACUUAUAACAGCUGAAAUGAUCAAGUUUUUGGAAGGAAAGGAUGCCGAGCUGCUAGCUUCUCGCCAAGCUGGUCUUCUUGAUUUUAUUGCUUCUGCUCUUCCUGCCUCUCAUACAUCAAAACCAGAAGCUUGCCAGGUUACAUUGUGCCUCUUAAAGCUUCUAAAGGUGGUCCUGUCGGUGCCCACAAAUCGUAGUUAUUUUCUCUCACAAAAUUUCUUACCCCCAAUAAUUCCCAUGUUGGCCACAGCUCUUGAGAAUUAUAUAAAAAUUGCAGCGUCAGCAAAUGUUCCUGGAUCCAACAGCUUGAUUUCUAGCAAAUCAAGUGAUAAUCUGGAUUCUAUUUCUGAAAUUUUGGAUGGGUUUCUUGGAAUAGUUGCAGCAAUUUUAGGUCAUGCCAGCUCUGAUAACAAUAAAAUUCAGAUGCAAGAUGGUCUGGUGGAGCUUGUGAUUGCAUACCAAAUUCUCCAUCGUCUGCGAGACCUUUUUGCUCUUUAUGAUAGGCCACAUGUUGAAGGCUCACCUUUCCCUUCAUCUAUUCUCUUGAGCAUUAAAUUUUUGGUGGUUGUGACAGCCAGAUUCGGUAGUUCUUUUUCAAUUGAUUGGGAAUCUUUCUCAUCGGAAAUAACUUGCAUUAAAGGGAGCAUAGAGAAAAAAGUUAAUGAGGCUGUGGAUUUGAAAGGGUUCCCUGAUGUAUCAGAACAGAACCCCCGUGAUGUAUCACUUAACACUGGUAAGUUAUCAACCUCAAAGGAAUACAGUGAUGGAGAUGAACCGAUUAACACAGAGAACAGAGUUCUAAAUGGUGAACAUGAGUCUCUGAAUAUUCCAUCCGAUGAUGUCGUCCAUUGUCUUGUUUCAUCCAAGGAAGUAGAGAAGUCUGUUAAUUUGGUCACAGGUCAAAAGGAGGAAGUCAAGCCGGGUUUGAAACAACCUGUAGCUUUCCUACUUUCUGCAAUAUCUGAAACUGGAUUGGUUUGCCUGCCUUCCAUGUUGACUGCUGUGCUUUUGCAGGCAAACAAUAGGCUAUCUUCUGAACAGGUCCAUUACAUUCUUCCUUCCAAUUUUGAGGAAGUGGCCACUGGAGUUUUGAGGGUUUUAAAUAAUUUGGCGCUAAUUGAUGUGACUUUUAUCCAGAGGAUGCUUGCUAGACCAGACCUGAAAAUGGAAUUUUUCCACUUGAUGAGUUUUCUUCUUUCUCAUUGUUCAAGCAAGUGGUGUGUGGCUACUGAUCAGAUUGGUCAAUUGCUGCUGGAAUCUUUGUCCUUACUUGGUUACUUUGCACUAUUCCACCAUGAGAAUCAAGCCGUUCUUCGUUGGGGAAAGAGUCCUACCAUCCUUCAUAAGGUUUGCGAUUUGCCUUUUGAUUUCUUCAGCGACCCUGAGUUAAUGCCAGUAUUGGCUGGGACCGUGAUUGCUGCUUGCUUUGGUUGCGAGCAGAACAAAAAAGUUGUUCUGCAAGAACUUAGCGCAGAUAUGCUUCUUUCCUUGAUAAAGUCAUACAGAAAUAAUAUGCCGCCUGUUCAAUCCAUCUCAGCACUAGAUAAUCCUCCUCCAGAUGAAGCUGGAGAACCAAACCAGUCGAGUGCUGAACCCAGAAAAACUCAAGUCGAAAACCCUAACUCUCAGAAGUCUCAUCGUCACAGUACUCGCAAUUCUAGAUCUCUACCCCAGAGAAGUGCUGGUGCCAACGGUAGUAAAAUCAAAAUGAGAAAUCAAAGAGAAAAUAAGAUUGGGAAAUUGUCUGAAGAGAUGGUGCCGAAAAGCACCCAGUUUGAAACUUCCGCUCUGAUGCUGCACUGCAGUUUUCCAGGAACUUUUAUUGACAGAGCAGAACAGUUUUUCUCUGUAUGAUGAUUCAGAAAUUUCUCAAACACCAAGCUCUCGACUCGGGGAACAAACGUAUUCUAGCUUUUUUAAAAAUAAUACAUUGAGGGACACUAGAAAAGUGUUGAUUAAUGUGUACCAGAGAUGGAUGUGAUCUAGGCAGAAAGCAGAAGUUGCAGUUUGAGCAGUUUGAGAGACCUUUCAUUUCACAGAAGAUAAAAGCAGAAAUUUCUCAAACACCAAGCUCUGUAUAGAUUUGUGUCUUUUUUUUUUUUUUUUACGAAAAUGAAACAUUUCAUUACUGCCAAGUUUUAUAAAUGCACCUUAUUACAUACAUUUCUCUCACUGUUUGUUAGAAAUUCAAAUGCUCUUACAUUCUUAUUUUCUUUAUGAAAAGCAAUAAUUAUCAUUAUUUUAAAAAUUGAACAAAGAAUUUACAGUUGAACUAUUCUUGCAAGUAGAAAGUUUGAUAAAUAAUCUCGAACGAAAACACAAAUGCAUUGUUAGCUGUUGCAGUAAGGUGGAUGAUUUGGGUCAUUUAGCCAAAAGAUGUCAACUUAAACUCUGCAUGUAAACAAAAGGGAGGUAAAAAAGCUCGUCUUAAUCAAACUUUGCUGAACAAACUAGAGAGUACUUCAUAACAUACUGUCUUAUUUGAGUUUCCAUCUCCUGCCCAGAACAGUGGAUCAAUCAACCAGGUAAGAUUUCCCUUUAUUACUGCCAAUCCCUCCAUUUUUUGUGACUUAAAAAAAAAGGUGAAAUUUGUAACUUUGUUUUGGUUUGGUGUUACUGUAAUUGUCUUGGUUGCUUGUGCUUUCCUUUCUCCUUUUACUGGCCCAUUUGAUGUUCUUCUUUUCCCCCCUUUCUUUUUCUUCAGAGUUCUCCAGUUCUCUCCUGUCUUUGAUUCAUUCAGUUCUAUUAACAUAUUGCAAAGAACUUGACUUUAACCUCCCUUUGUUUCUAUGCAGAGUUUAAUUUGGCAUCUUUUGGCUCAUGGCCCAGAUAAUCAACCUUACUGCACUUGCAGGUAACAGUGGGAAUUCAUUUAUAACUGUUUAUGCAACUUACUUCAUUGCUUUUUUCUUUUUUUGCCUGUCAAUUCCUUGGGUAUUACAGUCAAUUACACUUUACAUGCAAACUGUAUUUUGAGUUGGUUUAACUAAGGGUUGGAUUGUUCUUGAUGAUUUGAUUUGCAAGUGAAUUGCUUUUACAACUCCAUGGGGACGGUAGCAGGGCAAAAAGAAUCCUUUUCAUAUUUGUUAUUUAGCCUUCUGUCAUUCUUAAUUUCCACUGUUGCUUGGAUAAAAAUUCUGUUUUUAUUUCUCUUUUCUAUCUGAAAUGGCUGCUAUGUGAAUUUGAGCCUAGGUAAUUAAAAGCAGAUAUACACUCUUACUGUCCUAGGAUAUUGAAUAUAUUACACCUUUGUUAGUAGUAUUAUCUGAAGCUCUAAUUAUGUUCUUUAUGUUAAAAUGGAACAGAAAGUUUGAUAUUAGAGUAG